CAGACGCUCCCGGCAUCCAUCCAUUCAUCCAUUCAUUUAUUAAUUCCAAGAUCGAUAACCGUAUCACAGCACCUGUGCUUUGCGACAAGGUGUACCGACUGACUUCAGCCAUACCCGGCCUUACCAUAUACGAUUCAUUCACACUCGAUACUCGUCGGCCUUGGUAGCCUUCUCAUCCACGACCCCUUCAACCUCAUCAACAGAGAAACACCGUCACCAUGAAGAUCAAAGCCCUCAGCCGAAACAUCUCGGCCCAACAGGCCCCCGGUAACGACGUCACCCGCGCACCCCGUAACCUUGCGCCCGAACUCCAUCCCUUCGAGCGCGCUCGCGAGUACAAGAGAGCCCUCAAUGCCGUCAAGUUGGAGAGAGUCUUCGCCAAGCCCUUCCUCGGCCAGCUAGGAAAUGGCCACGUUCAGGGUGUCUACAGCAUGGCCAAGGACAAGAACUCGCUACACACAAUCGCUUCCGGUUCGGGUGACGGUAUUGUCAAGGUCUGGGAUCUCACAACACGGGAUGAAGCAUGGAAGGCCGCCGCCCACAACAAUAUCGUCAAGGGAAUGACCUUCACCAACGACAAGAAGCUUCUCACAUGUGCCACUGACGGCAUCAAGCUUUGGGACCCUUAUACCAAGACCGACUCUCCAUCGCCACUCGCGACAUGGCAGGAAGGUGGUCCAUACACGGCUCUUUCGUUCCAUCGCACCACCAACUCUUUCGUCGCCUCUUCGGGUGCCGGCUGCAUUCGUGUUUGGGAUCUGGAGCACAGCACGGCUCCUCAGACGAUACAGUGGCCGAACCACAGCGACACCAUCACCGAUGUUUGCUUCAACCAGGUUGAGACCUCGAUCGUGGGUUCCGUCGGCACAGAUCGCUCCGUUAUUCUCUUCGAUUUGCGCACCAACAUGCCCGUCAUCAAGACUGUUCUCAAGUUCGCCGCCAACCGCAUUGUCUUCAACCCCAUGGAGGCCAUGAACAUGGCCGUUGCCUCGGAAGAUCACAAUGUCUACCUCUUCGACGCCAGGAACUUCACCAAGGCGCAGAAUAUCCAAAAGGGCCACGUUGCGGCGGUUAUGGACGUUGAAUUCUCUCCUACCGGCGAGGAGCUCGUGACUGGUUCGUAUGACCGCACAAUCAGGGUAUGGCGCCGUGACCAGGGCAUGUCUCGCGAUGUCUACCACACCAAGCGUAUGCAGAGGGUGUUCCGGACUACCUGGACCAUGGACUCCAAGUACCUUCUCAGCGGUAGUGAUGAUGGUAACAUCCGCUUGUGGCGUGCCAACGCCUCGGAACGCAGCGGCGUCAAGGCGACCAAGCAGAGACAGGCGCUCGAGUACAACAAGACCUUGGUCGAGAGGUAUUCUCACAUGCCCGAGAUCAAGCGCAUCUCCCGUCACAGGCACCUGCCCAAGGUGGUCAAGAAAGCGGCCGAGAUCAAGCGCGAGGAGCUUGCGGCUAUCAAGAGAAGGGAGGAGAACGAGAGGAAACACUCCGUCAAGCAGUUCGAGAAGCGCAAGGCAGAGAGAGAGAAGGCUAUCCUGGCCAAGCUGGAGUAAUUGUUGCGGUGUUCUUGGCUUUCGUGUGCCAUGGUUUGUGCGGUCUCUCGCGCUUCAUGCUAUGCGUUUACUAUCUCCUUUUGCAUUGGGCGGCGUUUCUUAGUGGGAAAAUUGUCAGGCUAUUUAUUGUUGAGACUUUCAGGCAGCGCAGUCUCGCUCGGUCUAUACGGAGUUCGAUACCAUGUAUUCGAUAGUAUUUUGUUUGUGUGUUAUUCUGUGUUUGCAAAGGAAAGCGGCCGUGUCU